UUCUGUUGACUAUUUAAUGCCGCCCACAAAAAUUCGAAGCCGAAACGAACUCGGGCUCAGCGGAGAGCGGACUCCGAGUCCGAUCCGCCGCGUACGCGCGCGCCUGCGGCUCCAUCCAUAUAAGGCCACAGAACACGCGCGCAUAGGCGUAGCAGCUCCCGUAGCUCCAGCUCUGUUCGCGCCAAAAACGCCGAGCAUCAAAGGCAGCUCCACCGCCACCGGUGAGCGUCUCGGUCGAUCGGCGCGCGCGUCGAGCAAGUCCAUGGCGGGGGCGCCCGGCGGCAACAACGACGGUCUCGUCCCUCGGAUCAUGUCGAGGGCCGAGUUGGUGAGGCUCUGGGAGGACCUGUUCGACAGGGACUCGGAGGCCGCCGACGAGCUAUUCUUCGCCGCGCUGCUGCGGGACGCCCGGGCCGAGUACGCCCGCGGCGCAGCCCGGAAGGGGCACGGGCAGGAGGAGGAGGGCAAGGACGACGACGACGAGGAGGAGCAACGGCGCGCGCGCGUCUUCCAGCCGUGGGAGCCGCCAGCGCCCGGCUCGGCGAUGCCGCCACCACCACCACCAGCGGCGGCGGCACCCCCGGUUAAGCGAGCCGUGGUGCUGGCCCUGCGCGCGCCGCCGCACCUGCUGGCUCGCAAGCACGAGAGGACGCCGUCGGAACCCAAGAAACCCCGUGCCGCCUAGAAGAUCUCCGUGUAGCGGCCGUGGACGCCGACCCGGCCGGCUUGCUCAUCCGUCGGACGAUCGAUCUUUCUCUACGAAUGUGAUCGGCCUAACUGCGGACUGUGUAAACAAAAAACUGC